UGGUGGCGGUAACGCGUCCAAAAGUCAAACUCAAAACAGGAAGAAGAAUUUCUGAAAAACAAUCGAGAAGGAACAGCUAUUUGGUACCUCUGUGAUGAUGCGGAGCCAAUUUCUGUGGAUUCCCGCUGCUGUCUGAGGGGAGCCAUGAUUUCAGUCAGCUACAUCCUGCUCUGCGGACAGUUCCUGCUGCUGUUUGCUGCGAUUUUGUUGCAAUGUCUGGAAGGAAUUCAUUCCCAGAACUCGAGCACCGCAGCUUCCACCUCUGCUCCGACUUCUUCUCCCACACAGGGAGCCUCCUCGCUGCCCUCCAGCGAGCUGCCCGAGCUGACGAAGUAUGAAACCCCGGCGGAGAACAACUCGGAGCCGUACGAGUACAGGCCCCCAUCCCCGGUCGUCCUCUGCAGCCAUCUGCCUGAAGAGUUCAUCUACUGCCAGGAUCCAGUGGACCAUGCAGGAAACUACAGCGCCUACCAGGAGAUGGGCCACGGCUGCGUUGGGUGGGGCGGGCAGACGAAGAAGGAAGUGAACCACACUCAGGUCAUCUGCACCGCCCUGGACGACAUCGAAUGUGCCGGACCCCGGGAGUUCCUCCGAGGCGACGUGCCUUGCAUCAAAUACACAGGACACUACUUCAUCACCACGCUGCUGUACUCCUUCUUCCUGGGCUGCUUCGGCGUCGACCGCUUCUGCCUGGGCCACACAGGCACGGCUGUGGGGAAGCUGCUCACUCUGGGAGGCCUGGGAAUCUGGUGGUUCGUGGACCUGAUCUUGCUCAUUACCGGCGGUCUGAUGCCCAGCGACUACAGCAACUGGUGCACCUACUACUGAGGCGGGCAGCGUCAGCCUGCAGGUGGGAGAGGAGUGUGAGGGCUCUUUCUGAGGCCUCAGGGGGUUCCAGUGACUGAGUCCACAAGAUGAGAGACGAUGCGUUCUCUUGGAGUUGCAGAGGAGCAGCAGUUGCUGUUUUCAUAACUAUUGGUUUAUUUUGCCCUCGGUGAGCCAAAAAAACGGUUUGGUUUAUUUUCUUUAUAUUUAAGCUAAUUUAUUUACAACAAAUAUGGACAGAAAGGACUCUUAUUUUAAGGUUCUACUUCAUAAACGUUCUGUUUGUAAAUUUCAACCUGAAUUCAGGAUGUAGUUUAGAGCCAUGUGUCCUGAUGUCUGAUGCCUGUGACCAGUUGUAAAAAAUAACCUUUUACCACAAACAUGUUGCUUUUUAUAUAUUUUUAUUGUCGUUUGUUUUUACUCCCCAGAGUUGUAUCAUUUGAACAGAAAAGCAACAAAUAUUCCUAGUGUUGCUAUGACAUUGGUUUUUCUCAUUUUACCCUUUUUUUUUAUAUCUUGGACUUAAAAUAAGUAAAUAAAAUGUAGCAGAAGCACCUGUUAAUUAAUAUAAGAUGUAUUUUAUUGAUCCCAGAAUUGGAAAACUACUGGGCAGCAGGGCAUUUAGAAAACACACAAUAUGCUCGACAUAAGUAAGAAUGAAAUAUAGAAUAUAGUGUAAAUUUCUAUACAACAAUAUACUGCUAUCUAAAAAUGUAUGGUAAAGCUAGGUAGACUCGGUUGCUUUCACCUUUCACUUAAACUUCACCAGUGAAACAAUCAUAACAACUCUUAAACACUUUUAGCUCUGCAGACAGCAUAAAUGUUACUUUACCUUGAAUUUAGCAAAUAGUGAUGGGUGGUGCUGGUAUCACUUCCUCUGACUGGUAAACACGUUUUGCACAUAGAACACCGUUAUUCCACAAAAAUGCCAUCUGCCUUCUCACUACAGCCGAAGUAUUCCCACAUUAAUUCCUUCAGACGGGGCCCCUGGGAGUCCGGAGUAAUCAGCCGUCAUAGACCUUUCAUAGCUAGCGGCUAAACAGAGGAAUCUCUGAUCAAAAAAAAAAAAUCAAAUACCGUAGGAACAGUGGGUGGGCUUGAAACUGAAUUUUUCAUACCCGGUAGACUAGAAGCUCAACCUCUCUUGGUUUCCAAGGUUACUACAGAAAGUUUGAAUUUGUCAAAUUGAGACGUGACCAAAAUGGAUUGGGCUGCGGUUCUGCCUGCUCUGACCCAGCCAGUGACCUCCAGUCCACCACAUCUGCUUUGUUUGGAUUAAGUAAAUGUGGACUGUUUCCUUUCUUUCAGGGCGUCACGUCACAUAAAUGAAGAGUUCAAUGCCAAAUCAUGGUUUGUUUGUCAUUCUCCCUUCACCGAUGGGCUCACGCAGGUUAAAGGUUCGCUGUCAAACAAGCGGAGACGUUUGGUCUGUGUUUGGAAUGGAUUUCUGUUUAUUUUCACCUGCUCUCAUUCAUCAAACCCUGACAAAUCAGCUCGUUUUCGUCACCGAUGUGUUUCUGAACGUGUCUGCUUUAGAAACUCCUACUAUCCCCCUCAUCAUGUGUUUUCACUCAUCGGCGUUUUUCCAAAACAUUCAGCUGCUUCUUCAGGUCACAGCCUGCAUAAUCCACAAGUUGGUUUUAACAGGUUCAUCUCAGCAGUUUGGUAUUUUAAUGCUUCGUGUUUUGACUGAUUACAAUCGCUGUCCCAGAAAGUGCAAACCCCAAGACAAGUGACGUUUGGGUGUUUUUUAACAUGCAUAUGAGGAAUAUCAGGAUUUUCAGAGCGGUGUUGCUGUGUCCAGCUGCUGAGCUCCAACCCAUUAAAGACCUAAUCUUAAACAAACCUCCAUCUUCCCUCCCUAAGUGAGGCUUAGGUCUCAGGUUAGACCAUCAUUAAAUAUUUAAAACGUCUUCUCCUGUUUAUUCCCUAAAUGUUUUCUAAGUCGACCAACGGUUAGCCAGAGAUCUGAGCAAUCUUUCAGUUAGAAAUGCAUCAUUCUCAGUUUAGCCUAAAACCAUGCAGAGCGGACCAUCAUAACCAGAUAAACUCAUGCUUCACUUCGGCUGGGUUUUGCACUCAUGACGCGUGUUUAUGGAUUUGCCCUGUCUGUUUCAUGUUUUGAUCUCUGUUGGGAAAAUAUACCUACUAUUUUCUUGUCUUGAAAGAAACGUCUUUCAGCUACUUCACAAAAGUCACGUGUGAGCCCCCAGAAAGUCCAGUUGAUCUGGUAGCGGUUGAGUGGAACCCAAAGUGUCUCAUGUUGUUAAUCACAGCUCCCGCUCCGCAUGAAUCAAUAAAAACCUUCUUGUUCUGGGUGUUCUCUGAA